AUGGUUGGCAUACAAAUUUUCUUCUGAGUCCUACGUUCCGUUUCCGCACUGGAAACUUUAGGUCUAGACAUUAACUUUUGGCCAGUUGGAAUCCAAUACUUCGGUGCGGAAAUGGGAUAUGGUGCUGUAGCUAAACAAGACAUUGAAAAGGGGACACCCUCAAUGAUAAUUCCUAUUGACCUUGUAAUCAACUCAGCUGAUCCUUUUCCUCUUUCUCCAUACCUCAAUCACCUGGCAUCAGAAGCGCUCUUGGCUUAUAGACUUCUCUGGGACAGAUUUUCUGAGUCACCCGCAAAACAAUUUUCCAAAAAAUGGACUGAAAUCCUUCCUAACUCAAUCCCUAUAUAAAAGAAGACUUUCUUUAUAAUUUUUAUAGGGCUUUUCUGUAGUUUUUAUAAUGUAAAAUUGCAUAAAUUAUAAUAAAUAAUCAUUAAUAAUAUAAUUUAAUCUAAAAUAAUGAUUAAUUUUAUCAUAAUUAUUGGAGGACGAGCAAGGAAUAUAAUGUUUUAUCGAUUUGGAACACCACUGAACGUUCGUGGAUGGAUGAAUACUCAUUAAAAUUUCUUGAAUAUAACCAUUCGUUUAAGCCCUAUGAAGAGUUCCUUAAAGCCAAAUCUUCUAUAGAAAAACUUGAUUGGGUCCCUCAAGAACUCUUAGAUUAUAGAUGGUUUCAAUGGGGAUACGCAGCCGUGCUAUCAAGAACUUGGUCAUACCCAGCUGCUUACAUUAAGCAGGCCCGUGGUGAAGAGGUAAAACCAGAAGAUUUUGCAAUAAGAACAACUGGAAUGUACCCAGUGGCAGAAAAUGUAAACCAUUGCACAGUGCCUUCCAAACACAGAAAGCCCUCAAUUCAAUUAUCAAUGACUAUGAAAGACAAAUGGGCUGCGGUUAUGGCUCAAACCUGAAACUUAAAUUACAGGUCUUGGCUUUCUCACCUAUUGGUGACGCAGUUACCAAAGGUCUCCUAUGAGACUCACAAUCUUUGCGAAGAUGCAGGGAGAAUUUGCCUGAGUUUGAAUAAUGACUCACCUGGCAAGCUAAAGGCUUGAACACCAUCUUUCCUCUUCUUCACAGCCUGACCUCAUGAAAGCUAUGGAUUUCUGCGGUUAAAAGAAGGCUGUUCGAUAAAAAAUGGGAUUUAUGGACGACUCUCGGCAAAAGAAAAAUUUCAAAGUCUGGGGCAUAACUCACAGUUUCACGUAGUAAGUUACCCGAAUGGUCUUGGCAUUGCCUGUAGACACCAUUGGGUUUUCCCUUUCCAACUCUAACCCAGCUUCUUCCUCGAGGUAAAAUUUAAUCCUGAAGCAGACCAGAAUUGUUAGCCUAGAAUAGCCUCCGUUUCUGGGUUAGCAAAAUUUGCUGGGUAUGCUCGAGGCUGUAUUGCUGGCCAAGCCGACACGUAAUUUUGUUUUAUAGCUCAAACCAAUUUUAAGAAAGGACAAGAGUUCUGCAUUGAGUAUGAUGAAGACCCUAAUAAUGGAAUGCUUUUUAAAUACGGAUUUGUCGUCGAAAAAAAUUAUUUGGAAGAGUUUUUCAUUGAAAAGAAGACUAAAAAUUGCAAUGAGAAAGUCAUAGAAGGAGGAAUCUGCCAAUGGGCAUUGAAAUCGUAUGAGCUAAAUCCAAGGCUUUUAGAAUACCUUUCAAAAGGGAAAGGAAAGGAAGAAGGGCUGAAAAGCUAUAUUUCUGAAGUAAAAAACAUCUUGAAAAAUAGCAAAUACAGCAUUAGAGAGCUAAAUCCCUUCCCUUUAAAUUGUAGGCAAAAUUUUCAAUUUUUGUUUUUUUUGGGCUCUUUAAAUUGGAACAAAUUCUUUUGUCAAUAGGAAUUUUUUUUUAUUUUUAUAAAUGACUAAUUUUUAAAUUUAUUUUUAAAAAAAUAAAGGGAAAGUGGGAGUAAGAAGAAAGAACUCAGCAGCAGAAAUGUUGAGGGAAAAAUUUGCGAUAACUUAUGGUGUUGGGCAGAGACUGCUUUUGCAGGAGCAUGUAAAGUUUGCAAUGAGGGAUCUACUAAAAAAUUACUCACUCCCCCCAUCAGUAAGUGAACAAAACCAUUAGAAAAUCGCUAUUUUUUGCUCAAAAACCCACCCUCCGUGAGUGAAACAAAAAUUUUUUUAAUAGAAAAAUAUUUUAUGAAAAAAAAAUUGAUAUAUAAGUGAUAAUUAUUAUAAUGAAAUCUAGGGCUACUUCUGUUUAAUUUAAAACAAAUUGUGUGUUUUUUUAAAAUAUAAAUUUUAUAAAUUAAAUUAAUAUUUGCUUUCCAAUUUUUAUAGAAGUGUGAGAUUUUUUAAAUUUCGAAAAAAAAAAUUUAUAAAACAUUUAUAUAUAAAUUUUAAAAAAAAAAAGUAACCCCUCUCCGUGAGUGAAUAAAAAAUUUUGUUACGGAGGGGGGGGAGCCAGAGAAACUGAAGCUAAUAAACUAA